AUUCCAGUUUUUUUGCGCUAAAAACAGAUUUGCGGGCGACAUAACUUUGUAAUCUUUCAGUCAUCGCUAUUUAUUGAAACUUUCCGUAUUGAAUUCUUCAUAUCAUUAUUUAGAAACAUAACAAGUGCGCAAAAAUGUAUUCAACCGAUUCAGAGAAAGAAAUUACGUCUAUCAUCGCCUCUUGUAUUCUAUCUUAUGGAGAAGAUGGCAUACCUCUAAGUGAAAUUCAGGAAGAGUUCGAAGCUUUAUGUGGUUACCCUAUUCCCUACAGAGAAUUCGGUUAUGAUAAUUUGAGCACAUUUUUAAUCACACUUCCAAAUAUUUAUAUCAUAAAAGAUCGGUUUAGAAAUGACAUUGUCAUCGAACACAGCCCAAAAUUGAAUCAUAUAAAACAAUUAAUAACAAAUCAAAAAAAAUCAAUCAAGAGGAAAUAUAUACAAGAGCCAUCAUAUUUGAAUUCGAAUAAGAGAUAUAAAAACAAUAGUUUCAACAAAACAUUACCCAAAGGUGCUUCCAUACACUCUUCUAUAAAAAAUUACAAUGAUUCGGCAAGAUUUGAAGAAUUCAGUAAAUUGGAGGAAAUGUUACCGAUACUAUACAAGCACCAGGCCUUAGGCGAUGACUUUUUUGUUGAUUUGGCUGAUAAAAAAUUGGGUUGCUAUGUAUCGGAUGAAGAACCUAAGAGAUGCGGUUUGUGUGGAGUAGGACUAACAAUUGCGAGUUUGACAGAAGAAAUACAGAACGCCAAGCAUAUUGCCCCUAGAGUUGUAGUUAUGGUUGGAAUGAACGAUCUCUUGAUGGGUAGAAAUGCCAGUAACAUGAUAAUAGACUUCAGGAAACUGAUAUCAGAACUAAAGAAGAGGAAUACUCGUAUAACAAUCAUAACACUAAUACCAACCCCAAAACUUAAAAUAAACAAAAAUAUACAGAUGCGUAUGGACAUCUUCAAUAACUCAUUGAUAGAAUAUGGAUCGGAUUUUGAAUUGCAGUGCAAUAUCAUAGAUAUGAACAAAAUUUUUGAAUUAGAAAUAAGAAAUUUCAGAAAAGACUUUGACAGAUUGGAAAAAACUUGCCGUAAUGAUCAGUACAAAGUGUUUUCAGACUAUGGGAGAAAAAUAUUUUUGCAGGCUCUUAAAACAUGUCUCAAAGAACAGAUAGAUCAAGGACAUUAGUAGUUCUUUCAAAAUAUGAUAAACUCCUUAGUAGCAUCUUUACUAGUGGCACAUGCACAAUAAUUACAUUCAGUGAAAGUAAUACAAUUAUUCAAGAGAUAAUAAUAUAUGAUCUUACCUACAAAGGAUUUAAGAAAAAAUUAACUCUACAUAGAAUAAAAUAUGAGCAUCUCCUCAAUUGAAAACCCCAUUUUAAAUAUUUCUAAAUGAGAUUAAUUAUAUAUGUAAUUAUUCUAUGAUUGUUAUGUUAUUUGUUAGUAUUAAGUUGAAAAUAGACAUGCAGAAAUAAAAUA